CCCCUCUUCAUCAUUUUCCCAUCGAUUUUCCCAGCAACCAAACAAAACCUUCCAUUGUCUUCUAGAACUAUCCAAGCACACUGGUAUUAAUCAAUGGCUCGUACAAAGCAAACAGCCAGGAAAUCAACCGGUGGAAAAGCUCCACGUAAGCAAUUGGCGACCAAAGCCGCGAGGAAAUCAGCUCCAGCCACCGGAGGAGUGAAGAAGCCUCACCGUUUCAGGCCAGGAACAGUGGCGUUGAGAGAAAUCAGGAAGUACCAGAAGAGUACCGAGCUUUUGAUCCGUAAACUUCCGUUCCAAAGGCUAGUGAGGGAAAUCGCUCAAGAUUUCAAGACGGAUCUGAGAUUCCAAAGUAGUGCGGUGGCGGCUUUACAAGAAGCGGCGGAAGCGUAUCUGGUUGGCCUGUUUGAGGAUACUAAUCUCUGUGCUAUUCAUGCCAAGAGGGUUACUAUUAUGCCUAAAGAUAUUCAACUGGCUCGGAGGAUUAGAGGAGAGAGAGCUUAAAUGAUGUAUAUGAUGAUUUGCUUUGAAUGCUUUAUGCUUUUAGAAUCUGUGUUGUUAGGUUUUCUCUAGAUGUAGAUCUCUCAGUUUAGUGGCUUGUGUUCAGUGAUUGAUGAAAUGAAAGUUUGGAAAGAUCUAAUUAGGAGUA